AUGGAUGUUGAAAUCGUUAAACAUCACCUUUAUAAGACUGGAUUUGUUGAUAACUAUUUUGUUUGGAAGCAUCAAGGGGAAAAAGAUAUGAUCAAUGAGAUUUCUUCAAGUCAAGAUUUGCAUGGUAGUGCUCAACCUGAACUAACAUAUGAUAAUCCAUACCGACAAAUGGUUUUAGAUGUUUCGUGUCCCAACUUUUCCCAAGGUUCAAGUUGGCAAUCUUCUAGCAAUAUUGAACCUCAGCCAACUCAUCCUUGUGAACCUUUGAUGGAGGAAGAUCCUAAUCCCGACUCUCAAAAAUUAUAUGAUUUGCUACAAGCAGCUACUCAAAAAUUGUAUCCCGGUUCUUCUCUCUCUCAACUUGCGCUUGUCUCUCGGAUGUUAAAUAUUAAAAUAGAGAACAAUAUGUCACAAAGAGGUUAUAAUCAAAUGAUGCAAUUGUUGAAAGAGGCUUUACCUGAAGAUAACAUGGUUCUUGAUAGUUAUUAUCAGACCAAGAAGCUAGUGCGUAGCUUGGGUUUGCCAGUUGAAAAAAUUGAUUGUUGUGAAUCAGGAUGUAUGUUAUAUUGGGGUGAUGACGAACACCUUACAUGUUGUACAUUCUGUGGCCAUGAGAGAUACAAGCAUCGUGUUGGCUCUCGUAAAAGGAAAUUGGUCCCUUAUAAGAAAAUGUAUUAUUUUCCUUUGAUUCCUAGAUUGCAAAGAUUAUAUGCCCCUGCUACUGCUACUGACAUGAGAUGGCAUCAUGAGCAUACAAAAGAGGAUGGUGUAAUGCGUCAUCCAUCAGACUCUAAGGCUUGGAAGCACUUCAAUGAAACUCAUCAUUUUUUUGCUGUGGAACCAAGAAAUGUAAGAUUGGGGUUAUGUACUGAUGGUUUCCAACCAUUUAGUCAGUCUGGGAGUAAAUACUCUUCAUGGCUAGUAAUUGUCACUCCUUACAAUUUACCUCCAGGGAUGUGUAUGAAAGAGGCUUAUAUGUUCUUAACAGUUAUUGUUCCAGGGCCAACCAAUCCCAAACAUAAAAUUGAUGUUUAUCUGCAGCCUCUGAUAAAAGAACUUACUUUGUUGUGGGAGACAAGUGUGGAAGCAUUUGACAUCUCAAAAAAGCAGAACUUUCAACUAAGGGCAGCUUUAAUGUGGACAAUCAGUGACUUUCCAGCAUAUUCUAUGUUAUCCGGAUGGAGUACUACUGUUGGCAAAGGAUUCAAAUGGUAA